AUGGGUUUGCCUGAUCUUCCUGGUGAGAUUGUCUACGACAUACUCUCAAGACUACCCGUCAAGUCUCUGUGCCGUUUCAAAUCGGUUUCCAAGCCAUGGCUCGCUCUCAUCACCGACCCCAAAUUCGUCAAGUCACACCUCCAUCAUCAAUCCACAAACGACGAUGACGUGAACCAGAAGUUGAUCAUCUGCUCUGCCGCUUCUCCCUCCAUCUAUUCCGUAGAUUACCGAGCACCCGAUCACACCGUGACUGAGCUUAAAAGUCCCUGCAAGUCGAAGUCUCGGGUUUCAGUUAUGGGCUCAUUCGACGGGGUCGUACUCUUAUAUAUUGAUGAUGAUGAAUUAUGUUUAUGGAACCCAUCAACUAGAAUGUAUCAGAAACUUUCACCAUCUCCCGAGUGCCCAGAUUGUCAAUACAAGAAUAUGACGUAUGGGCUUGGUUAUGACUCUGUUAGUGAUGACUUCAAGGUUGUUCGGGCUGUCGUCAGCCCUUCGACAAAAGACCCUACUCCUGUUUAUGUGUUCACUUCUAAACUAAGUUCUUGGAAGAGGAUUGAAGACCUUGGCAGCUCUAGUCUUUGUUAUGCGCCCACCGGGACUGUUAUGGAUGGGGCACCGCAUUGGGUUGUGUCUUUCUACUGCGAUAUGUAUUCUACUUGUGGGAUUGCUUGUUUUGAUGCUACGGAGGAGAAAUUCAAGUAG